AUGUCAGCAAACGACUCUUCUCCCCCAUCCUUACAGAAGUUUUCCCCACCUACUUGUCAUGUUGCUGCACCACAAACCCCAGCUUUGUCUUCAAGUCCCCAGUCGGGGCUCUCCAGUCGACUCUCCAAUGGCAGUUUCAGUACGCAGAGCCUCACCAACUCCCGGGGCUCUAUGCAUGGGGUCUCCUUCCUUCUGCAGAUUGGUCUCACUCGAGAGACUGUCACCAUUGAAGCUCAGGACCUGUCCCUCUCUGCUGUUAAAGACCUCGUGUGCUCUAUAGUUUACCAGAAGUUUCCAGAGUGUGGUUUCUUUGGCAUGUAUGACAAAAUUCUCCUCUUCCGUCAUGACCUGAACUCAGAUAAUAUUUUGCAACGAAUUACAUCUGCAGAAGAGAUACAUGAGGGAGAUCUUGUGGAGGUUGUGCUCUCUGCUUUGGCUACAGUUGAAGAUUUCCAGAUUCGUCCUCAUGCACUUUAUGUGCAUUCCUACAAGGCUCCUACUUUUUGUGACUACUGCGGAGAGAUGCUUUGGGGUUUGGUACGACAAGGAUUAAAAUGUGAAGGUUGUGGAUUAAACUACCAUAAGCGAUGUGCCUUCAAGAUUCCAAAUAACUGCAGUGGAGUGAGAAAGAGGCGUCUGUCUAAUGUGUCUUUACCAGGAGCAGGGCUUUCAGUUCCAAGACCAGCACAAGCUGAAUACACAUCCUCUGCCUCUGAAGAACGCUGCUGCCCAGAACCUAGUAAGAGGAUUCCCUCCUGGAGUGGCCGUCCCAUCUGGAUGGAAAAGAUGGUGCUUUGCAGAGUGAAGGUUCCGCACACCUUUGCUGUUCACUCUUACACUCGUCCCACCAUAUGUCAGUAUUGCAAACGGCUGCUCAAGGGCCUUUUUCGACAAGGAAUGCAGUGUAAAGAUUGCAGAUUCAACUGUCACAAACGCUGUGCAUCUAAAGUACCUAGAGACUGUCUUGGAGAGGUGGUUUUCAAUGGAGAACCUGCUAGCCCAGGCCAGGACUUGGACAUGCCUAUGGAAGUUGAUAGCAGUGAAAUGAACAGUGAUGGUAGUCGAGGCCUAGAUGAUGCUGAAGAGCCCUCUCCUCCAGAGGACAAAAUCUUCUUUAUGGAUCCAUCUGACCUUGAUGCAGACAAAGAUGAGGAAGCUGUCAAAACCAUCAGUCCUUCAACAAGCAAUAAUAUUCCACUCAUGCGAGUUGUACAGUCGAUCAAGCACACAAAGAGGAAGAGCAGUACAAUGGUGAAGGAAGGAUGGAUGGUUCACUAUACUAGUAGAGACAAUCUG